AAAGUGGCCAAAAUUGUAGUUGUAGUUCUGCAUUGUGAUACAAUAGCGGCCGCUCAAAUGUGUCGAUUUAUAUGUAUGUUUUAUUUUUGGAUGAUAAUUUAAUAAGAGCAUUGAUAGCAUCAUCGGCAGCAUGGAAAGCGAACGAUUGUGCAUUCGACUAGACAACCCAGAUCGCAUUUUUUAUGCCGGCCAGGUCAUACGCGGCGAAAUUUGGAUGAAUCUAAAUAAGCGAACCAAAAUUCGAGCCAUCAAAAUUCAAGUAACUGGCAAGGGCAAAUGCAAGUGGAUGGAAAUCUUACGCAAAAAUUCAAACAACAAUGAAUAUACGCGCAGUCUGUUUUACACAAGCAAAGAGAUUUACGAGCAUAGCGAAACACCGCUUCCAGAUUUUGAGCCACUCGGCAUGGAACUCUCACCUGGCGAGCACACUUUUACCUUCAGUGUGGCACUGGGUCGUCAACUGCCAUCCAGUUUUCGCGGCAACUAUGGCAGCAUCAAGUACAAGAUGCGUAUUCUAAUUCAAAGACCCUGGACCUUCAAUGAACGCCACACCAUACCAUUUACGGUUGUGAAGAAUAUGCCGCUGCCCGCGACAUUUCGCAGCAAUCCGACUCCGCUGGAGAAGCAAAUCACCAAGACAAUCAGCUUAUUUGGCACUCGACCCAUCACAAUGGUCGCCCUGCUGCCCGAAGACUUCGCAGUGCGCGGUGAACCAUUGCGCAUCUGCGUCACUGUCAUGAAUAACAGCACAACAAAUGUGGAGAAGCUGCGCUUCAACAUUUUACAGUAUGUCACCUACUACAGCCACGUGCCGUUGCGAGUGCAAAAGGUCGAGUGCAUUGGGAUUGCCAGCAAGGAGACGGGCUCGGUGCACAAGAAGAGCGAGCGCAGCUUUGCCCAUGAGCUGCUCAUGCCGGACACAGCACAGCCGACAGAUCAAGAGUACAGUGGUGUCAUAACCAUAUCCUAUGAGCUGCGCGUGGAGGCCGUACUGCGUGGCUUCUUCAAGAAUCUGGUGCUUAAUUUGCCAUUUAAGGUCUAUUCGCAGGAUACUUCGUCAAGACUUGGCUCUGUGCGGCCAUCGCUGCCACCUAGACCCGAUAAUGGACCGCCCGGACCGGAUGAUGCGAUCACUGCUCCUGGCAAUCCAUUUGAGCCAGCUGCUGCAUCGUUUGUCUAUCCAACGUUAGACUCUUCCAUUGGCUCGCCAUCGCAUUCUUCGCAGUACAGCGAAUGUAGUUCCUUGAACUCCACCACAUCGGACUCCACAUUAAGUCCGGCUGUUGGCGGUGUGGAGAUGUCGUACACCUCUGGCUCGCAAUCCUCACAAUUUGGCAGUCCCUCAGCUCGCACCAGUUUGCGAAGCAACUCCAACUUUCCCUACAUGCCUUAUUCGACCAGUCCGAUGAUGGUGCAAUCCUGUCCAGCGCCAUAUCCUCAAUUAGCCGAGGAUGUGCUGCCGUCGAGUGUAUCCCCAGCAUUGUCGCAUCGACGUUCAAUAUUAGCCCAUGAGGUAACGGCAACUGAAUACCCAUCACCGCCGCAUCCGCAUCCAUUACCCCAUCUGAUGACAUCAAGCUCCCCACCAUACGCAUACCCACCGAUGCCGUAUGCUAGUGGCUAUACCCAAUUGCCAUCCACCUCCGGAGCCUCCGGAUCACAGGCUCUACCUCCAUCGUAUGAUGAGCUCUUUGGCAGCGCCAAUGCUCCACCGGAGUCACCAAAGUGAGCUGUCUCCGCUGCUCCACACUACACGUAGUUCAUGCCGCCCAGUUAUAUCUAAGCUUUGCAUAUAAAUGCUUCAGGUUUACUUUAUAGAGCUUACAACCAUGCCUAUCACUUCUCGAGUUGUGUAUCUCAAACUGAACUCAUACUUAAAUUGUAUCUCGAAUGAGCAAACCGUAACUAAACGAUCAAUGCCAUCAUUUUAAUCAAAAAUAUUUACAACAUCUCAGUUGUAAAACUAUGCAUUAAAGUUUCGCAUGAAUUUAGUUUAUACUUUCAUCAGUUAACUUAUUAUUAAGUUUACAUUAGACACAAAUACUUUGCACAAAUUGGAUAAAACGUAUAAGUUAUUAUUUUGGCCAAUAGAUUUGCCUUUUUGUAGUUUUUUGGCUCGUUCAGACUAACGCCAAUCUUGUGUUCGCACGACGCAUCUUUGAAAAAGGCGUUGCAAAAAAAGAAUUUCUCAUUCUUAACAAGUUAUUUACCAAAUUUAUUAGGCGUAGGCUCCAAUUCUAAAGAAAAAAAAACAAUAUUAGACUUACUCAAAUUAUUUGAAUAUUUAAAUAAUUAGUUAAACGAAUUUUACACAAUAUCGUUAACUAUUAUAAAUUUUCGUAAAUUUCACUCAUUCUUUUUUAUAAACUUUUAUAUUGAUAUCAUACUUUUCAUUUAAUUAUCGACUCGAAUAUUGUGUUAACUUUUACUCAAUUUACCAAAAAACAAAAUAUUGUGACAGCUUUUAAAAAGUUUAUUUUAAUUAAGCGCAUAGAAUUAUCGACAAUUUUAACCAUUGUAAGACAGCUCUGUAGCUCUGUAUUCAUUUCUUAAGGUCACAAAACAUUUUCAUGUCAGGCAUAUACUCUUUUAAUUUUAAUGUCUUCAUCAUUUCAAUAAAAAAACUAUUAUUGAACUUAUUUAUUUUUGCGCCACAUUAAAAUCCAUUUUAUCUAAGACAAUUGUUCUGAAAUUCACUUUUGAAUCAUUUCUGAGUCGAAUAAUAUAACUUCGAUGCGGCUGUAUAGACAAAUAUUUAAGUUUUAUUUAUGCUUUAUGUCAAGAAAUCUAAUGUGUAGUAGUGAUGUAAAAAAAAAAAACCAAAUACCGAAAACUCGAAUUUUGCUGAAUCGAUUUUCAACUACUUUAACCCGAUUAUUAUUUUUAACGAUCAAUGAAGCAAAUUUAAUCGACUUUCAUGAAAAAUUGACAACUCAACUCUAAUUUAUAUCAUUAUCAAAACUUGAAAAUACAAUUUUAUAAACACUUUUCAAAAAAAAUGGUGAUCUGGAAAGGUUCGAUAGUUUUAACUGGAUGUGUUAUAUACCGAUUGAUCGACAACACGAUUCUUUCUUUUUACGAUUUUUACAUUUCGUUUUUAAGCUCGUUUUACAGUUUGAAUUUACAUCACUACUGUGUACUUAUUGAAACGAUUUUAAGUAUAAAAGUAUUGAUCGAUAUAUUUUGUAAACGAACUUUGCAUUAAUCUGUAUACGAGCUAGUAUACAAUGAUAAUAUUUUAGUUAGUAAGUGCACAAAUCAAAUCGUAAUAUAAAUAAUUUCGUUAAGGUGCUUUAUAUUAUUAUUCAGUGAAUAUUUUUAGAAAGUUUUUCUUGAUUUUACAUCGCAAUGGAGCCAAUAAAAUGUUAUCAUAAGUGAAGAACACUAUGGUAAUAGAAA